CAUAAGAUGAAGGUCUUAGAUGUGGUGUGUGGUCUGGUAGUGUUAGUCAUCCUCUUAUUCUUCUACUUCAAGCACGUUUACAGUUAUUGGAAGCGAAGACGAGUUAUCGGCCCCAAACCUGUACCAUUUUUUGGAAACACCAAGGAAAGUGCCCUAAGACGCAAGCACGUUGCAGUUUUGUUCAAGCAAAUCUACAAUGAAUUUCCUAACGAAAAGGUUGUUGGUUUCUAUCGAAUGACUUCACCGGCCCUGCUCAUUCGCGAUCUAGAUAUUAUAAAACAAAUAUUAAUUAAAGAUUUCGAAACGUUUCCCGAUCGUGGCGUCGAGUUUAGCAAAGAAGGUCUAGGUGAUAGUCUCUUCCAUUGCGACUCAAUUACUUGGAAAGCUUUGAGAAGUCAUUUGACUCCACUGUUUACAUCUGAGAGAUUGAAAUAUUCUGUGAAUUUGAUGACAAACGAAUGUGAUAAAUUCAUACAACACGUGGAAAAUGUUUGUUUAAAGCACAAGGAACAGGAAAUGGUGCAGCUAAUUCAGAAAUACACAAUGGCUUCAAUCUUCGCUAGCUUUUUUGGUAUUAGUGCGAAUACGAUCGAGGAUAGCACGGGAGUGUUUGAUCAAAUGGACGAAUCAAUAUUUAAGAUACAACGCGUCAGUGAAAUAGAAUUUUUACUUCCCGGCAUACUGAAGAAGAUGAACUUAUCUAUUUUUAAUAAAACGACAGUCAGGUUUUGUUAUAAAAUCGUUGAAGCUGUCAAACUUCUUAAAGGUGAUCCCACAGUCAUUAAUGAUCUUAUGGAUAUUUUAUUAGCAUUACAACGGAAAGGCGAAGUGCAGUCGCCAAAAAAGGCCGAUAAUGCAGAACAAGUGUUGCUGAAGAUGACAGAUCAUGUGCUUGCUAGCCAAGUAUUAAUAUUUUUUGCUGCAGGAUAUGCUAACAAUACUUAUAUUCUGUCGUACGCGUUGUAUCAUUUGGCGAAAAAUCCAGAGAUUCAGAAGAAAUUGAUAGCUGAAAUUGAUGAAGUUUUGAAAAGAUUCGAAGGGCAGGUCACGUAUGAAAGCAUCAAGGAAAUGACUUAUUUAGAUCAAGUUUUUAGUGAAACAUUGAGACUGCAUUCCACUGCAAAUUCUUUACAAAGAUGUGCAGCACGAAAUUAUGUUAUACCUGGCACAGAUGUCGUAAUACAGAAGGGUGUGACUGUUACAAUAUCAGCAAUGGCAAUACAUCAUGAUCCAAAUAUUUAUCCAGAUCCAAAUAAAUUCGACCCGGAGAGAUUUGCACCGGAAUUGGUGAAAACCAGGCAUUCUUGUGCUUAUUUGCCAUUUGGUAUUGGGCCAAGAUCUUGUAUUGCAAUCCGAUUCGCGAAGGUGCAGUUCAAAGUAUGUGCAGUGAAACUUCUGUCAAAAUUUUGGAUGGAAACUUCUAGAAGGACAAAGGACGAAUACCUUAUCAACCCGGAGAGGACACUCUUGGGUCCGACAGGGGGAAUUCAUCUAAAUAUUAUCCCGAGAUUAUCUUAACGCAGUGUAAUUUACUUAUUUUUAUAAUUAUAAGUACCCUUUAAUUAGAUGCUUCGAAUAAUUAUACCGGAGUAGUACUCCAACAUAAUAUUUAUUUUAAAUUUUAAAAGGUUGG